AAGCAAAAUAACAAAGACGGUUAUUAGAGAUUAAAGGAUGUUUCGCAGCAAGGGGCCUGUCAGUGUCCAAACUGUGUGCCACUAGCAUGUUGUCCUUUAGUGUGUGUGUGUGUAUAUGAGUGUGCGAUGCAGUGUGGUAUGGGGUGGGCACUGCUGUAGAUGGGACCAAAACCCAAUCUCUCACUUUUCUCGGUCUCAUUUCUUACCUUCACACACGUACAGGUAGGGUGCAGGGGUCUGGGAGUGCAUGCACACAUACGUGUCACACACCUCACACACCUAUACAGAGGCAGACACAUUCGUAUCCUCAAAGCUAUCGUGAGUGACCGGUUGCCACUGGCCAGGCCCAUCGACCCUCUGUCUGUCUGAUCUAAAGAGAAGGACCAUUUGGGAAAGGAGGAGAAAGAGCAGGACGAUGGUAACAUUGGUGUGGGGACUUCUGGUUCUGUAUGUGGUGGCAGCCUCUCCCACCAGAUACGCCCGGCAAGCCGAACUUGACAACUAUGACAGCAACAGCUAUAAUGUGGAUUUGAACCGCCAUGAUGACUUUGACUAUUACAAUGGGGUCGAUGAACCUACGGUGACAAAGAUUGGCACCUUGGACAUUUAUGAGGAACCUUCACAUAGUGCCUACGCAGAGGAGGAAGAAGAAGAGCGACAUCCCUGGAUAGUUGAACUGGGAGAAGACAAGGAAUUCCCUGUAACGCCUGAACUUAUCCCAUCGGGAUCUGAACAUUCAGGGACUCUAAUGGGCCCGAAUGCAGAGGGAGAGGAAGAGCUUCGUCUGACGCCCAUUGACAUCCUUCCGAUGUUUGUUUCUGGUGAAAUGAGUUCUGGAGACUUGUUUAGGGACAACGCCUUCGGUUCUGGAGAGGCUUUGGGCUCUGGGGCCUCUGGUCACAUUUCGAGUUCUGGGGGUUCUGGAGUAUCGGGGAUUUCUGGUUCAGGCAUAUUAUUGAUCUCAGGUGGAGAGGAGGAGCUCCUGACGUUUGGAAACCAUCCAGAAGAGGCCUCUGGGGAUUUUGAAGAGUCUGGGUUUUUUGGGGUGUCUGGGUUCUCUGGGGUUCCUGAGGGCUCUGGAGAGUCUGGGGUCCCUGAAGUGUCUGGAGAGCUUGAGGUCUCUGGGGUGUCUGGAGAGCCUGAGAUCUCUGGGGUGCCCGAAGUUUCUGGAGAGCCUGAAAUCUCUGGGGUGUCUGGAGAGCCUGAGAUCUCUGGGGUGCCCGAAGUGUCUGGAGAGCCUGAGAUCUCUGGGGUGCCCGAAGUUUCUGGAGAGCCUGAGAUCUCUGGGGUGCCCGAAGUGUCUGGGGUGCCUGAAGUGUCUGGAGAGCCUGAGAUCUCUGGGGUGCCAGAAGUGUCUGGGGUGCCUGAGAUCUCUGGGGUGUCUGAGAUCUCUGGGGUGUCUGAGAUCUCUGGGGUGUCUGGAGAGACUGAGAUCUCUGGGGUGCCUGAAGAGUCAGGAGAGCUUGAGAUCUCUGGGGUGCCUGAAUUGUCUGGAGAGACUGAGAUCUCUGGGGUGCCUGAAUUGUCUGGAGAGCCUGAGAUCUCUGGGGUGCCUGAAUUGUCCGGAGAGCCUGAGAUCUCUGUGUUGCCUGAAGAGUCUGGAGAGCCUGAGAUCUCUGGGUUGCCUGAAGAGUCUGGAGAGCCUGAGAUCUCUGGGUUGCCUGAAGAGUCUGGGGAGCCUGAGGAGUCUGGGGUUCCCAAGGAGCCAUUGGAGACUGGAGAGUCUGGAAGCCCAGAAGAGUCUGUGGUGACCGAAUCCCCAGAACUCACUAUAGAAGUCACUACAGAAAUAUUCCUUCCAGAACUAGAGGAAGAGGAGGAGAUAUUCCUAACUACCCCUACCACUCCCCAGGAGGGGGCUGGGGGUGAAUUUGGGUCAGGGGACCUUGAAAUUGACCCAUACAUACCAGGUAUGUCUACCUGUGUGCUGUGUACCUGUCUGGGCGGAUCUGUGUACUGUGAUGACCUCAGGCUGACCCGCGUUCCUCCCCUUCCCAAAGAAACCACUCAUUUCUAUGCCCGCUACAAUAAAAUUACCAAGAUUAGCAAGUCUGACUUCAUCAACCUGAACAAAUUAAAGAAAAUCGACUUGACAAACAACGCCAUUUCCAAGAUUGAUGAUGAUGCUUUUAUCGGCCUCCAUGCUCUGGAGGAGUUGAUAUUACGGGAGAACAGUAUUAGACAGCUUCCAGCUCUGCCACCUUCGAUGACGCUUAUCGAUGCUUGUCACAACCAACUUGGCAGCACCGGCAUCCACAAAGAAGCUUUCAAGGACAUGCCAGGACUACUUUACCUCUACUUGACGGACAACAACAUCUAUCACAUCCCUGUUCCUUUGCCGGACAGUUUACGCUCCCUGCACCUACAGAACAACAAUAUCCAGAUGAUGCACGAUGACACUUUCUGCAAUCCGCAUGAUUUAAAUUACAUCCGCUACGCCCUGGAGGACAUUCGCCUGGACGGUAAUCCCAUCAACCUCAGCAGAACCCCACAAGCCUACAUAUGUUUGCCACGUAUACCUGUUGGUGCCCUUAUUUAAAACGAAACGCACGUAUGCGCAUGCAUCUCAGCUCUUCUGUGAGAACUUCUUGUUUUUAAAUGUUGGGCUCACUUGGAUAUGAAUGGCUGUCUUUUAAAAGAAGUUGGCAUAUACAUGACUAACACUUUCACAGGAGAACUGGUGGACACUCCCAAGUCUUUGCUGCUUGGAUAUCUACCAUCAGAUGCAUACAAAUAUGAAUACAUUUCAUUGUAAUAAUAUCUGAGUGUAGCCAAAGACAUUUCAAUACAGAAAACCAUGCACAACACUCUGGAUCAGUCUUUAUUU